AUGGUGACUACAAAUCAGUGCUCUUUAUAUCUGGAGGAAAACAAAUCCUCAUUCAGAAUGCUUGGUGGAAGCAAACACAAUUUCUGUAACGAUUGCAUCAAAAAGUUGUGCGAAGCUAAACGAACCUGUCCUCUUGACAGUACACCAUUUGACUCAAUCAAUACAAUACACGAAGUGGGGAGUGGUGCAGUUGUGGAAAAGGAAAAACUAGAAACACGGAUGUCCAUUCAAUACAGCUGUCCUUACAUUGACGACGCCGAUGAUAGCGUCAAUGUCGAGAGCGACGAGGCCGAAGAGAUCUUCCAUGACAAUUGGUUUCUUUUCGCUUCAUCUGAAGUUGGGGAACUUAUUCGUUCAAGGGGGCUUUUAUAUUUUCAUCAAGAAAUACACCGAGAAAAAUAUUGA